UUCAUGGAUAAGGAAGCCUAACAAGGUAACCAAGAGCAGUUGAAAAUGGGGGGGAUCUACCUGUUUGGUCGAGCCCCUGGAAUGUGACCGCACGGGACAGAGAGGCCACGCUGGCACUUAUAGAGCAUUAUGGGUCAGCGGACAUCCAGGGUUUGCUAAACAAUAGGAGCACCAAAACCAAACAGGUGUUUGAGAUCAUAGCAGGCCAGAUGGCGGUGCAAGGCUUUCUCAUCAGUGGGGAUGCCUGGAAAGCAGGCGAGCGCUGCUUCCAGAAGUGGCGCAACAUGGAGCGGACAUACAAGGACUAUGUCCUGGCCCGGCGCAAAACUGACACUGGCCGGCGGAAGCAGCCCGAGUUUUUUGAGCAGUUCCACGCCCUCAUGAGCCAGCGGCUGAGCUCGAAGCUCGCAACAGUGGCGGCCAGCUCACUCCCUCGGGGAGCCGCAUCCCAAUCCAGCAUAACUGAUGGAUCUCCUACCCCCACCACCCCCCUGUAUACCAUAGUGGUCCCGGCCAGUAACUCCAUCACAGUCGGCAUCCCUUCCAACGCAGGCUCCGAAGCAGAGAACUAUGUGCAGGCAGGUACAACAGAGACUCAUUUGGGUAGGAAAUGGACAAAGGACAGGGUCCCACAGACCAAACUCCUCCAGUCACAUGGGCAGAAGGACAGUGAGGCAGAGCGGCGUGUCCAAAAGACAAAGAGGAGAUCUUUGUUGGGUGAAAGCAAAGCUAUUGAAAAUGGCAUGGUUCUACCCGUGUGGUCAGACCGUAAGGUCAGCAACCAGGACAUGGAGGCCACUGAAGCUCUGGUGCAGCUUUAUGGGUCUCCGGAGAUCCAGGGCUUGAUUAAGGAGAACAAAACGAGGACCAAGAAGAUUUUUGAGAUCAUCGCCAGUCACAUGGAGGAACAGGGCUUUACCAUUGGCGAUGGGCCCAAAAGAGCUGGGGAGAGAUGCUUCCAGAAGUGGAGAAACCUGCUGCGGGCGUACAAGGAAUAUGUUUCUCAUCCCAUGAAGCCUGACACCGCCAAGAGGAAGCCGCCCCCUUGCUUUGAACAGCUCCACAGCCUUGUAGGCCACAGGCUGGGUCUUCAGUUACCAGCCGCCAAUGACUUCCCCACCCCUGACGGGGGAGAUGAUGCAGAGGUGGAAGGUGCCUGCCAGCCCAUGCUCAACAUAGUGGAGAUCCCCGACAGCCCCCCGAACAGGGUUAGCCUCCCAUCUGCCACCUCCUCCCACACUGGGGAAGGUUUUGCCAGAGGUCAAAAGCGGAGGAGGCUCAGCGAUGUAGCCAGGCUGCUUCAGGAGUACAGGGAGGAUGCUAGGAGGAGGGAGCGCGAGAGAGAAAAGAAGACAGAGGAGAACUUUCAACAGCUCCUCAGCAUCUUGCACCAACAGCAUACCGAGAGGAUGACCAUGAUGAGGGACCUGAUUAAUGCUGUCAAGAAGACAUAAAUCCCACCUGCUUAUGGGUUUACGCUCCCAUUUUAUACAGAUUGUUUUUUUGUUUUUUUUUUAUUCUUCAUAAAUAAACUACUUGGUUGUGCGUCAUAUAUGCCAGGGCACCAUAAUGAUAGAGAGCUCAGCCUCCUCGGUCACACAGCCCAUCUGACUAUCUGUGAGGCUGUGAGUCACCAGGAACUGCCCAGUGAAAAGCAGCUCACAUUACAGGAUUCCUUCAUGCCAGUGCAGUCAGCUUGCAGAUUUGCACAUUACCCAAAAUUGUUCCUGGGAGAUGUCUGUGCUGAGGACUGAGUGGGAUUGGCAUCUCCACAGGCUAAACUGCCAUGAGCUAGAGUGGAAUGCUGUUUGUUCUUGGAAUCAUUGUCAUGGAGUUUUUAAUGAUGUUGUUCAGGAAGGACUGUGUCUUACUUGUGCACUUAGAGCCUGUGGUAUCAUGUCCUUGUUUAUUUUGGGGCAUUUGUAGGAUGCUUAUAGCUUAGUGUUAUGUGAAGAAGACUCCUUGUAUUUGUUAGAGAGAGCUAGAUUCCACCAAUUCUGUACGAGUAGUAUAUCUGCAUGAAUAAACCUGUAGAUUUGUGUUACAGCCA